AUGUGCCGCUACCGACCAAGGAAGAGGGAUAACGAGGAGGAACUUGCUGGAAGGAAUUCAGUAAUGUGCACCCAAAGAUUUCACGAUUCAUCAAAAAAAAGUGGCAUAGACUUUCUCAUCGCUAGAUUGAAAUCACAUGAGGGUUCUGCCGAACACGCACCAAGAAAAGAUCGUCAGUUCGAUGACUGCACACAAUCCAGCGUCUUUAAAGAUAUUGAAGCGACCAUGUCAUCUACGCUCACGGCAGGGGCUGGCAUUCAUGAAGCAGUUUCCCUUAUUGCUACUGUGUCUGCGCUGCAGGAACGACGCCCAGAACAGCACACUACGACUCCGUACGUAAUUGACAACGACUUGCCGUUUUCCUUGCUCGCCGAUGGAUCUUCAAAUGACGGAGUCAAGUGGAUUGUUUUUCUGAUUCGCACAGUGUCCCCUAUGAACCGUCCAAUUACAUUCCAUCUAGCUCUAGUCGAGAUCGUAAGCGAGAGAGCAGAUGACAUUGUCAACGCACUCACGAACAUUUUGGAAGAACUACCUCCAUGGGCAAAGGUUUGUGGUCUGAAAGAAACACCUUAUAACUUCUUCAUGAACCGAAUGGUAGCAUUGUCUUCCGAUGAUGCGUCCGUUAUGAGCGGGGAACAGAAUGUAUGUGCUGCCCGCAAGCUGAAUUUGGCGGUGAAGCCACAAGAUAAUGUCGCCUUUAAUCUCACAAUAGCGGUUGUAACCGAAAUGCAUCACUUAUUUGGCUUGACCCUCGGAACACGAGGCCGUGCAGUUUACUCAGCCACAGCUACGGAAAUGGGGUUUCCUGUCCUACAAAUGGACGCUUUGCACGCAGAUUCUCCGUGUAUACCCCGUCUCAUCCAUGCUCUACAUAGACUAGCCAUCGACACUUCCGCAUCUCCGAAUAUAAAGAGGCGAGCUCAAGCAGCGGCAUUUGCUCUGAAGGAUGGUCGGACCUUCAUCAUCUUACACCAUGUCAAUGCAACGCUUAGUCAUUUCGCUAAAUUUUCGGAAGCUCUGCAAGAUGAUGAAGCUCUCCUGAUUGACUUCCUAUCUCGCUGGAGCAUUUCGACUCUUUGCUCAGUCAUAACUCCAUAA